AUAUACACAAUAGCCCCAAAUCAAAGAUUACUCGUAUUUGUCCACUCAUAAUUCACAAAUAGAUUAUCUUCUCUACAAGCAAAGAGAUGGAAGAUCAGGUUCAGGACAUAAGUCUGAAGCCAUUACGACUCUUCGUGAAGCUUCUGAACGGUAAAACCGCAACCCUAAAUUUCUCUACGCCACGUGUGUAUGGCCACGAGAUCAAGAAUCGCAUCCAUGAAGCCACCAAAGUACCCACCCACCUUCAGCGACUCAUCUACUCUGGCCUCCAAUUGAAGGACGGAUCCGUAAUUUCCGAUGACAACAUCACCUUCCACCUUGUGCUUCCUCUUUUGGGAGGAAAAGGUGGGUUCGGGUCUUUACUCCGUGGCGCGGCUACGAAGGCUGGUCAGAAGAAGACAAAUAAUUUUGACGCCUGUCGAGAUAUGAGUGGACGGAGGUUGAGGCACGUGAACGCGGAGAAGAAGUUGGAGGAGUGGAAGGCGGAGGAAGAGGAGAGGAGGUUGGAGAGAAUUGCGGAGGAAUUUAUUAAGAAGGCGGCGAAAAAAGGGAAAAAGGGAGUUGGAGAUGGAGAGGCCGAGAAGUACGUGGCUAGGUAUAGAGAGGAGUCGGCCAAAUGUGUAGCUAAGGUUGAGGAAUCUGUGAGAGAGGCGUGUGGCAAUGGUAAACGAAAGGCCGUUGGAACAGCAGCAGCGGAGGCCAAGAAGUUGAAGAUUUGGAUGGGGAAGAGAAAAUUGGGUGAAAGUGAAGAUGAAGAUAGUGAUGAUGACGAUGGUGAGGAAAAUGAGAAAUCUAUUGUUUUGAAUAAUAGUAAUCAAUCAGAUUCAAAUAAGGAAACUGAGGGGAGUACAGGUUCAGUCACGGGUGGGAAACCGGAUGGAGAAUUUUCUGGUGGAGGUUCUUCUGAGAGUGGUUCUGAAGAAGAGAAAGAGAUUCUUGUGCAGCAAAACUUGGAAUCCAGUGGAUGUUCUGGUGAAGAUGUAAGCCAUGAAGAGAAUGCUGUGGUUGAACCUGAGAUUCAUGAAGAAAAGGUGCAGAGCACUGGAGCCUCCUGUUUGGAGCCGAAGUUUGUUUCUGCAAUUGAAUCUGAGCACAAGUCCUGUGGCGGACCUGCAUCUGGAAAUACAGAGGAAGUAGUUGGUCAUUCCCCAAAUGUUUUGAGUUCAGGAAAUGAGGAAGGAUAUGAUAGCAGACCAAUGGAUGCUGAAGCUACUGGUGCCUCUGAAUGUAAGUCCAGAGUUCCUGAAGAAGCAGUUGUUGCCUCUACAAAUGUUGUAGAAUUGGAGAGGCCAUUAGAUUUCAAUGAAUUCAAUUCAGCAGUGGAGAUGGAGGCUUUUGGCAUGGAAAGAUUAAAGUCUGAACUCCAAGUACGUGGGCUAAAAUGUGGGGGCACCUUGCAAGAGCGUGCUGCCAGGCUUUUCCUGCUGAAAUCAACCCCUGUGGAGAAGCUUCCAAAGAAGCUGCUUGCAAAAAAGUGAGUUUUAUGUAAUGUGUUUUAUCUGACUUGGUACUGUUGUGGAUGAAUUAUGGGCUUUAAACAAAUGAGGCUAUAUUAAAGUGUCUUGUAUGAUAUGCUGACCUGUAAUUUCAUAUAAAUUUUGUUUGGCAGUGUAAUAAUACUAGUACUAAAUUGUCAUUUUUUCCUCUUUUAA